CAUCGAAUCUCUUCUCCCUUCAUUUAACUCACUCAUCCUACCAUCUCUGCUCAUCCCCAACAUAUUCGGACAACAUCUCACACAGACAGACAGUGAGAAACAUGGCUCGUAUAACGUUGGUGUCCUCCCUCAUCUUGUUACUAUCCUGUGUGGCCACAGGAUCCAGCUUCGAUGACUCCAAUCCCAUUAGAUUGGUGUCCGACGGCCUCUUUGACUUGGAGGCUUCUAUCCUCCAAGUCAUCGGUCACAGCCAUCACGCCCUCUCCUUCGCGCGUUUUGCUCACAGGUUUGAGAAGAAAUACGAGACUGUUCAGGAGAUGAAACUCCGAUUUCAGAUUUUCUCCGACAACUUGGAUUUAAUCAGAUCCACUAACAGAAAGGGCCUUUCGUACAAGCUCGGCGUAAAUCACUUUGCUGAUUGGACAUGGGAAGAAUUCCAAAGACACAGGUUGGGAGCUGCACAAAACUGCUCGGCUACCCUAAAGGGCAAUCACAAGCUUACAGAUGAUGCCCUUCCCGAAACGAAAGACUGGAGAGAAGUGGGCAUAGUAAGCCCAGUGAAAGAUCAAGGCCACUGUGGAUCUUGCUGGACCUUCAGCACAACUGGAGCUCUUGAGGCAGCUUACCACCAGGCAUUUGGAAAGCAAAUUUCUUUGUCAGAACAACAGCUUGUGGACUGUGCCCAAGCUUUCAAUAACUUUGGUUGCAGUGGUGGGUUGCCGUCGCAAGCCUUCGAAUACAUCAAAUACAACGGUGGCCUUGAUACCGAGGCGGCAUAUCCAUACACUGGUAAAGAUGGUGAAUGCAAAUUCUCAUCCGAAAAUGUUGGUGUCCAAGUCGAGGACUCUGUCAACAUUACCCUGGGUGCCGAAGACGAAUUAAAGCAUGCAGUUGCUUCAGUUCGACCAGUGAGUGUGGCAUUUCAGGUGGUAAAUGGUUUCCGAUUUUACAAGAGUGGAGUUUACACCAGCGACACAUGCGGCUCUACUCCCAUGGAUGUGAACCAUGCAGUUCUUGCAGUGGGGUAUGGGGUUGAAGAUGGUGUUCCAUUUUGGCUGAUUAAGAACUCUUGGGGGCAAAGCUGGGGUGACAAUGGCUACUUUAAGAUGGAGUUGGGGAAAAACAUGUGUGGUGUUGCAACUUGUGCAUCAUACCCAGUCGUGGCUUAGUUUGUUUGAGAAGGAAUUGUUGGCUCAAUGAGUGUAGCAUGUAUUUGUCCUAUCUUUAAAGUAAAGGGGUGCUGGUGUAAUAAUGGUGAUAGCUUAAUGUACAAAAUAAGAUUUAAGACUAUUGUGUUUAUGAAUUCCCCACGAGAUGAAGACGAAGAAAGCAAAAACAUCACGUAUAUUUGCUCGGUGGUUGGUGUAUGUGGAAUCUUUAAGUUAAGAUUGUCUCUAUAUUAGCUCAGUGAAUCUUAUUUAAAAAAUAAGAAGUAAAUUGGUGAUUGGAAAUUGAUUGAA